AUGGAAUGGAAAUAUGUUAGCGAUGAGGCAGCCAGACAUGGUGCGAGGCAUUGCAUUUGCAAUGGUUAUGGUGUUGUUUGGUCCUCGACAGGUUUCGCUGACGUCGCUAGCUUUUCUGGUAUGAAAGAUCGAAUGUUUUUCAAGGUUCAAAUGUGCCAAUUGCUAUAUACUAGAUUACUUUACGGAAGAUAA